CUUUUUCAAUCGAUUUUAUGGGCCGUUAAACUUUAGCCAUCCCUAAUCAGAACUACCGUUCAAGAUCCCCCAAAAUCAGGCAGCUGAAUCCAUCCAACACGAUCAGAGAAGAUGAGUCUGGGGAAGGUGGGAAAGUUCACAAGAAACAUCCUAGACCAGAAACGCCGAUUUCUAGCGGCGAAAUGUGAAGUGAAGAGGAAGCUCUACAAAGCUAUAUGUAACGACCCUUCUCUUCCGGCGGAAAUGCGUGAGCAGCACCGUCAGAAACUGUCGGAGCUUCCCAGGAAUAGCUCCUUUACCCGAUUGAGGAAUCGGUGUAUCUUCACGGGUCGUCCUCGUGCUGUUUACGAGAAGUUUCGAAUGUCUCGGAUCGUCUUCCGUGCCUUAGCCAAUCAGGGUGCUCUCCAGGGAGUCAAAAAAGCAUCUUGGUAGCGUUAUCCAGAUGAUAUUGCAGGAAGUGAAGUUGGUAGCUUCCUGGGGCUAAUCCUUAACAGCAUUUGAAUCAGAAGAUGAAAGCGGAACUCAAACAUCUAUAGUCUUGUGUUUGUUCUGUCAAUUAUCACAACAUUGAACAACCUUGUUUGUUUCUCAGAUAUUUAGUUAAAUUAUGUAUUGAUAAACUAGUAAUUUCUCAGAUGAAUUUUGUUAUGCGUAGAUGCAUACGACGAAGUGACAUCAAUAGAAAUUGCUACCCAUAUGUACUCUUCCAAAUACUUUCAACUUUUGCAUGACCUUUGUCAUUUGCGAGAGUUUUGCCGUCAAAGGUUCUCGAAUAUGAAAAUCCGGCGUAAAGGGGUUGACGCAGUUUUGGAAGUCAAACCAGUCAGCACGCAGCUAAAGCAGGAUUUUGUCAUGUAAAGUUUUUGGUUCUAAACUUCUAUCGAAUGGAAUGUUCCACACUUUGAUGGCUUGACUAAUGUUUAUUAGCCUCUCACUAUACUACGUGUAAAUCCAUUCCAAUGCAAGUUCAAAUGUUCACUCCUCUCGGUAGUGUAAAUUUAAGCUCACAUAAUGAUCAUUCCAAAU